CAGCCGAUUGCGGAUUAUCAGUGCUCGGUGAUACUUACAUACUUGGAUAGAUAAUUGAAACACUUCAAAAAGUGCACUCAGUUUGUAAAGAAGUCAAAUACUUAAUCUGCUAAAAUGUCAACAGCAAACGAGACAGUAGGAGCUAUCGUCGACAAACUCAACCAAUUCACAUUCGGCACAAUCGAUUAUAUCGUUUUUCUAUUGAUGUUAAGUAUUUCACUGCUAAUUGGCAUUUAUUUUGGCUUUUUCGGACAUGGUGCUGAUAAUACAGAGGAAUAUUUACUCGGCGGUAGACGCAUGAAAACACUACCGACUGCUAUUUCGCUUGUAGCGAGCCAAUUGUCGGCGAUUUCGAUUAUGACAAUUCCAACAGAGAUGUAUUCGUUUGGUAUAAAUUGGAUUUUCAAUAUUUUCGCGAUAGUAUUAAUUGUACCGAUACUCAAUUGGGUCGUAAUACCUGUGUUCUACAAUAAUAACAUUUCCAAUUGUUAUGAGUACUUGGAGUUGCGUUUCAAUCGUGGCACACGACAGCUGCUGACUAUUGUCUUUAUGGGCACCCUGUUUUUAAUGCUACCGAUUUUCAUAUUCAUACCUUCCCUAGCUUUUUCGCAAGUAAGCGGGCUUAAUAUUCACUUAAUAAAUGCUGUUGUCUGCUCGAUCUGUAUCAUCUACACUAUGUUGGGCGGCAUUAAAGCAAUUGUGUGGACUGAUGUAGUGCAGGCUGCCGUAAUGGUUGCUUCCGUGGUAAUUGUCGGAGUCUUGGGUGCAGUUAAAGUUGGUGGUGUGAGUAAAAUGCUUAGCAUAGCACACAAAGGCAGGCGCUUGGAUGUCAGUUUCGCUUUUGAUGCCACCACUCGCGUCACCUUUUGGAAUUCUUCCAUUACCUCUAUCGUUUUGUGGGUUACUUAUGUGGGUUUGCAUCAGAGUUGUGUACAACGAAUUGUUUCGCUGCCUUCACUCAAACAUGCGAGGCAUGCGCUCAUCAUUUUUGGUCUUGGCUUCUUUGUCAUCAUGUUUUUUACUUGUUUCACGGGCAUAAUUAUGUAUGCACUCUAUCACGACUGCGAUCCGAUUACCCGUGGCUACGUGCAGAAACUGGAUAAAAUGGUGCCGUUCUUUGUGCAGGACGUCGUCGGCCACCUCAGUGGCAUGCCAGGUCUAUUCAUUUCCUGUGUGUUUAGCGCCGCAUUGAGCACCAUGUCGGCUAGUUUGAAUUCACUCGCGGGCGUGGUUUAUUUCGAUUACAUCAAACCGCAUGUAAAGCAUACCGAAAGAAAGGCUAACCUCAUAAUGCGCGCUUUCAUAUGCGCUUCUGGUGUAUAUAGCAUUAUUAGCGGUUUCCUAGUGGAGAAAUUCGCUUCCAUAUUACAAAUGGUUUAUUCAAUUGGUGGCGUAACAUUCGGCUCCGUUUUUGGUGUUUUUCUUUUGGGCAUGUUAGUGCCACUAGCACAUGGCAGGGCCGCUUUCUGGUCCGUCAUCACAAGCAUCAUAACUAUGUGUGUCAUUAUUAUCGGUGCACAGGGUCGUCUGCACUACAAUUCUUUACCGAUGUCGGUGGAAAAUUGUACUGCAACAAACGCCACUGUUUUGCUAAGUUCUACAUCUACAAUUGGCACAACACCAACUCCAUCUAUAACUGAAAGUUUCAACAUUUUUCACCUCUCCUUCAAUUGGUACGCCGUUACGGGCAGCAUAGUUCUUUUUCUUGUCGCAAUACCCCUCAGCUAUAUUCUGCCUGUGGAGCAGAAUUACAAAUUAAAUUUGAAACUGCUGUCGCCUGUUUUACAUCCAUUCUUGAGAUAUGAAUUACCGCCUACGGAGGAACUACCAGAGUUAAAGCCGCUUAAUUUUGAAAAGUAAAUACUUCAGCUUAAUCAACAGUUU